GAUGAUGCUAUGACACGACGGGUGGUAGGAGGCGUGGAGGUGGACAAGAUCGUUUCGUGUAAGUAAAAUCGCGUUAGUUAAAUAAAAAACUUUUUUUGUUUAUUUUAAUUAUUUUUUUUUUAUUCUUUAAUUAUUAUUAUGUUUUAAACAGACAAUUUAUUUAUACUUAAAUAAUUUUAACCUUAAAAAUUAUAAAGAUAUUUUAUUUAAUUUUUUAAAUUAAAAAUCUAAAUAUUUAAGUUGAGAGUGAAUCAACGUUUAACAAACGGUUUAUUUUCUAUUGAGAUUUUUUUUAACUACAAGAUUGGAGUGAAAUUUAGACGAGUUGGAAAAAUAAUAAUUUUUUUUUAUCAACGGGCGUGCCAACGAGUUUGUAAAAUGUUUUUAUGACUAUUGAUUAAUAAAAAAGUGAUAAUUAAAUAAUUUAAUUUUAUAAAUUUAAAUUAUUAUUAUUUUUAUUUAUAUUAAAAAACUUCAUUAAUUUAAUAAUAAUAAUGUCCAAGAGUAAGCUACACCAUCACAUUGACAGCAACAUUGUUGCUGUCAAAAGUAAAUUCGACGCAGAUAUCAUCCGUUUUUCAAUUAAUAAAAAUAAUCCAAUUGGUUACGAUGAAUUUCGUAAAAUACUCGCCGAGAAACACGAGCUAAAUAAAGACGACAAGGACAAAAAUUUUAAUAUUCGCUACACGGAUCCAACUGACAAUGAUUUGCUGCCAAUAAAUAAUGAUAAUAAUCUCGCACGUGCUCUUGCGGCCGCAAAGUCAUUGCUCAAGAUAAUAAUCACCCGAAACGGAGACAGUUUCGACGAUCAUCCUGGAACCGGGACUCUCAAGCCAAAAAAUUUAAUAUCGAGCAUUCUAGGCGGCACUCCCGGUAAACCCAGACCUCUCGCUAUUUCCAAUCCUCAUGACUUCCGACAGGUAUCAGCUAUUAUAGAUGUUGAUAUUUUACCAGAAACAUGUCGACGUGUAAGAUUACUGAAACAUGGCUCCGAUAAACCACUAGGUUUUUAUAUUAAAGAUGGUGAAAGUGUUCGUCUCUUACCACCAUCAGCUGGCGGUGGAUUUGAAAAAGUACCAGGUGUAUUUAUAAGUCGACUUGUACCUGGUGGUCUUGCUGAAAGUACUGGAUUAUUAGCAGUAAAUGACGAAGUAUUAGAAGUAAAUGGUAUUGAAGUUGCUGGAAAAACUCUUGAUCAAGUUACAGAUAUGAUGAUCGCCAACUCGUCAAAUUUAAUAAUUACGGUUAAACCAGCAAAUCAACGUGCAGCAAUGGCUGCACCAAGACGCGGUUCUUUCUCCCGCAACAGUCAAUUGUCGUCGGGAAGUCAUCAAUCAACUCAGAGUAUCGUCACAGGAAGCGCAAGUGACGAGGAAGCUGACGAAAUAGUUGAUCUGACGGGAGUUGCGCUUCAUGACGAUAUUCCAACAUCUUCCCACCAUCAUCAUCAUCAUCAACAUCAACACCAGCAUCCGCAUCAACAUCAGCACCAGCACCAGCAUCAACACCAACAUCAUCAGCCUCACAAUCAUUUUAAUCAUGACCAACCAGGUGUUCUUCAUCUUUAAGGUAACCCGGGAAAUUUAAAUAUUAAAAUUUAAAAUGCCUUUCCAAGUGCCUCGAACAUUUUUUAAAAUAAUUAUAUGAGUAAUAACUUUAUGAGUAAUCAGUAAUUAGUUAUGAGUAACAAAUAUUAUGUGCAGCUUAAUGAGAUGAUUGUUAUCAAUGAUUCAUUUAUAUUUUAUUUUAAAUGACAGCGUAACCUGAGUAUUAAUGUGGUACUUAAUUAAUUAGCGAAUGUACUUAAUCAAAAAUAAUAAUUACGUUCGAGAAAUUUUAAUAAUUAUAUUUUUAAAAUUUAAAUAUACGAAUUUAUUUUAUAUAUAUAUAUCAAUUAGAUUGUAAAUAUUUUGAGGAAUUAUUUAAUUUUUUCCUCUACUAGAACAAAUAAUCCCGAGUAAUUGUAAAUAAGUUAGUUAUUGAAAAAGAAUAAUUAAGAAGGAAACAUAAAAAAAAACUUAAGCAAUUGAUUGUGUUGACAGCUCAUUUUUAUUAAUUAUUAAUCAUUAAUGUUUGAUUAUAUCAGGGAGAGUGGGGCAAAAUAGAAAAUAUGGGAUGAGUUGGUCACUCCAAAUAUUAAGCAUUUAAAAAUUUUGACAAAAAAAUUUUUUUUCGUGUUUAUUAUCUAGAUUAUUUUAUAACAAAU